UUGCUAUCAUCAAUAUUUGAUGAACUUCGAAUAAAUCGUUUCAAAUUGAAUGUAAUGUAAUUGUGGCCAGCCAUUUGUAUGUGUAUGAAUAUACCUUACAAUUAAAUGUUUAGAAAGACAAUCGAGAAAUAAAUACACAAAAAUACAUACUCAGUUAAUUACUCCAAAAUCUCAACGAAUGUAAAAUACAGUUGAGCAAUCAAUUAAACAUUAAUAACACAACUUUAAUACUAUUUGUGUGAGUUUUCAUGAAAAACUGAGAUACUUUUCCUUUUUUACUUCGUAACUUUUCGACAAAAAUCGAUUACUUUCGGUACUACUCCAAAAUCCAACCAAUAGAAAACAAAACAUUAAGUCCAGUACACACGUUCACUCAAGAGCGUUAUGUUACUUCCACCAAAGAAGUUUCUAACCUUAAAGUUUGUUUACUAUCUUAUUUUUCAAUUAUUUAGAUAUUCGUGAAUAACUAUGUCUCAAAACAUUACGGGAAUAAUAACCGGGAAUAACGGUUCAAAUAAUAAUUCACAAUUAAGUAAUUUACAAACAGUGGGGCUUACUAACCAAUCGUCAGUAGAUUUACAAAGUAAUACAGUUGAUUCUGAACAACAUCAAGACCAACAGCAACAAUCAAUGAAUAACAAUACUCAAACGUUGGGCAAUUUGCAAUCAGUUGGGCCAAAUAGUCAAUCUUCUGUAGAUUUACAAAAUGACACAACCGAGCUUAAUCAACAACAACAGCUGAAUAGUACACAACCACUAGGUAAUUUGCAAUCAGUUGGACCUAAAAGCCAAUCUUCGGUGGAUUUACAAACAGAUACAAUAAAAUCUGAACAACAUCAACAGUCGAAUAACAAUACUCAAUCGUUAGGUAAUUUACAAUCAGUUGGACUUCAUAGUCAGUCUUCUGUAGAUAUUCAAAAUGAUAUAAUUGACUCAGAUAAACCGCAGCAGCAAAAACAGCAGUCACAAAUUCAAUCACAAACGAUUCCAUCAUCAAUUCAUUCUACCUCACAUUCGAAGAAUCAAUCAUCGAAUAAUGAUACUUUACAAUUUUUAACAAAAAGUAGAUUACAAGAGUUGGUGAAGGAAGUUGAUCCAACAGAACAAUUAGAUGAUGAGGUAGAAGAAAUGUUGUUACAAUUAGCGGAUGAUUUUGUAGAAACAACGGUUAAUGCAGCUUGUCUAUUGGCCAAGCAUCGUCAUGCAAAUACAGUUGAAGUUAAGGAUGUACAAUUACAUUUAGAGAGAAAUUGGAAUAUGUGGAUCCCAGGAUUUGGUACAGAUGAAGUUCGACCUUAUAAACGUGCAACAGUUACAGAAGCCCAUAAACAAAGAUUGGCACUUAUUAGGAAAUCGGUGAAAAAAUAUUAACAUUAAAUAUUAAUUAAAAGUUCUUUAUUACAU